AUGGCGCAGCAGCACUCUGCUGGGGAACAAACACCCAGACCGGGGUCCCCAGUGGGGGUUGUCGAGCCCGAGGAGCACGCCGAGCCUGCCACGGCCAUCUCCGUUCAGUUUCACCGGCAACAUAGUCGUCAAGAGCAUGUUCAACUGCAAAUCGGAUGCGCGCACACGCAUAGCCACGUUGUGGCAGAGAUGCGCCUGACCCUGACCCGACAUGCUCGAGCAUCGGCUGCGCAUUGCAUCCCAGGCUCGACCCCAACUGCCGAUGCAGAUAAGCGAGCGCUUGCUGAUCUCGAAGCACUUGUUGACGAGCUGGAUGGAUCCCCCUUUGAUCGCUUGAAACAAGACGCACCUCAUAUGCUGGCCCGUCUUCGGUGUGCGGCCCGUGCUCCCGACGUGGCGCUGACAGUGCGCCAGUUGGCCAUGGACAUGUUAUACCAACUGUCCACGCUCUGCCGUGCCCUGGAGAACUUGGCACGCUUGGAUGUCCUUACGGGCCAAGAGCCUGCCACGCCCAACAUGUCGCCCGUGCGACGUGCUCCGGCCGAGACGCCGCCGGCCGGCACUUCUGCUUGGCAUCACUCCAGCCCCAACCCGCCUCGACUAAAUCUGGAUGUGUCCAUGGCCAGUUUGAGUCACUCCUUUGCCUCGGUAGUGAGCUUGGAUGACUCUCGCGCCGCCUGCCCCCCUUCGCCCAUGCAGCCCAGUGUGAGUGAUGAUGCGCUUGACGUGGCUGACUUUGAGUUGCCUCAAGCGCAAGUCGGCUUUCGUCGCCCGGCCCCGCCCUCCACUGGCCAGCUGAUCCGGCAAAAUGCCCGAGAUACAUCACCCGUGAUCCCCUCCAGCGAGGCCCUGCCGACUUCUACCCCAUAUCGUGGUCUUUUGGCCGACACCAUGUUGGCGACGCCCAUGAAUCGACGAAAGCGCAGCAGCGUCUCUACGGCCAGCCCCUGUUUGAAGGAGUCGCAGCCUCCUGGCUACAAGGACUUUGAGAUCAUCAAGCCCGUCUCUCGCGGGGCCUUUGGAAGCGUCUUUCUUGUUCGCAAGAAGGACUCGCAGCAAAUUUAUGCUAUGAAGAUGAUGCGCAAAGAAGUGUUGAGGCACAAAAAUAUGGUCGAUCAGGUGGUGACAGAGCGCGACGCGCUGGCGCUGGUCAUGAGCCCCUAUGUGGUGCGCCUGUUCUACUCGUUUCGCUCCGAGAAUGCCCUUUACCUUGUGAUGGAGUACCUGAUUGGUGGCGACUUGGGGCAAAUGCUCGAGCAGUUUGGCUCCUUUGACGAGGAGAUGGCGCGCUUUUACCUGGGAGAGAUAACCAUUGCCCUUGAAUACCUGCACCGCCAUGGCAUCAUUCAUCGUGACCUGAAGCCCGACAACAUCUUGAUCGACGCGCGUGGACACCUCAAACUGAGCGACUUUGGUCUCUCGCGUAUCUGCCAAGAUCAACCUGCACUCUCACCCAACAUCACCUCGGAGGAACGGCAUCGAGGCUCGCCCCGCGAGGGUGCGAGUAACGCGCGCGCUACACCUCAACUCGCAGACCCCCUAUCACCUCUGGUGCAGAGCAGUGAGGCCAAAUCCGAUUUUACGCGCACGCCCGGGCAGUUGCUCUCACUGAAGACAGACUUUCGUCUCUCUGUACCACGCAAGUGGAUGCCGUCGGCAAGUCGGCGGCGACUGCGCCGGGACUACAACAACAGCGCUGUUCUCACGCAAACUGCCGAGGACGGCGGUUUUACUCGCACACCCUUGCGGGCACGCCACAACUACAGCAGCGCCAGCAACCAUGGCAACCUCCCCGAAGCAGAUGCACACACCUGCCAACAAUUCCCUCUGGCAACGGUGUCGUCCUCCAUGGCUUCCAGUGCGCAAGCACCCGGCCCUCGGGAGGCCAAGCGCCGGGCUGUUCCCAUGACCAUGCCAGUACCCAUGACCACCCCCCACGGUCACUUGGCCGCCCCUCGAACCAAUCUCUCGCACAUUUCCGAAGAAAGUAUGCUUCACUCAGAGACAGAAAGCAUCAGCUUUGAACUCCCACCCUUGCCCAUCAACAGUCGGCCCAGCUCUGCAGGCUACAGCGCAUUACAGCACAGUGGCAUCAGCGUCAGCUUUGCUAGCCACACGAGCCAUGCCAGUCAGCCAAGCCAUGGCAAUCAUUCCCAUCAUCGCGUGCAUUACACCACCGAGGCCAACCUCAGCCAAGCCUCCAUCCGCUCCUUGUUGCAGCCCGACGCGUCGUUUGCCGGCUGUUCGCUGGGCUCGCGGCCCUCCACGGCGGGUAGCUCGCGCCUUCAUGAUUUAACGGGCUUGAGUGAAGCCAGCCCCGCAAAGGCUCAGGCCUCGCCCACACUUUCAUCACCGCGCCCCUCGACCCCGCGUCACCACUCUCUCAAAGGCACGCCAGACUACCUUGCACCAGAGCUUCUCUUGGGCACCGGGCACGGUUGCCCCGUGGAUAUUUGGGCGCUGGGGGUGAUUGCAUACGAGCUACUCAACGGGUACCCGCCCUUCAAUGAUGAGACCAAAGAGGCGGUGUUCCGUCGCAUCGUUCGCCACGAUAUGUUGGACAGCGAGGUGGAAAUGAGCCCGGCGGCUACAGACUUUAUCAAUGCCUGCCUUGCACCACUGCCCAAGGAUCGCCCUUCAGCCCAUGCGUUGGAGCAUCACGCCCUCUUCAAGGGGUUGGACUUUGCUCAGAUGCAGUCUCAGACACCGCCUUUUGUGCCACACCCCGAUGGUUGCUUGGACACGGGCUACUUUGAAGGUCGGGACCGUGGGCAAUUGAGCCUCGUAGCCGAACUCAGCUUUGCCACGGACGGCACGCCCAUGGACUUGUCAACCCUCAGUGCCGCCGUCUCAUCCUCGGCAUGA